CGGGCCGGGCGCGAGAUGAGCGCGAAGGCGGCCAAGGCGGGGUCCUGCGCCGGCCCGGCGGCCCCGGGGCCCGGCUCGCCGCCACCGCCCGGCAUGCGGCCGCCGCCUCCCGCCGCCUCCCCGCGGACGGCGCCGGAUUGCGGCCUGUUCGGUUGGCUGCGCGGGCGCUGCCUGGGCCGCAGCGCCGCCGUGGACCCGGCGCGGGACAGCUUCCGCGCCAUGACCGGGCUGUACGGCUCCAUCCAGCCCGCCGACUCCGUGUACCUCAGCACCCGCACGCACGGCGCCGUCUUCAACCUCGAGUACUCGCCGGACGGGUCUGUGCUGACUGUUGCUUGUGAACAGACUGAAGUGCUGCUUUUUGACCCAAUAUCUUCGAAGCACAUCAAAACUCUCUCUGAAGCUCAUGAAGAUUGUGUAAAUAAUAUCAGGUUUCUAGAUAAUCGACUUUUUGCAACUUGUUCUGAUGACACUACAAUAGCACUUUGGGACCUGAGAAAGCUGAACACAAAAGUGUGCACUUUACAUGGUCACACCAGCUGGGUUAAGAACAUUGAGUAUGACACCAAUACGAGACUACUAGUAACGUCAGGAUUUGAUGGAAAUGUGAUCAUCUGGGACACAAACAGGUGCACUGAAGAUGGGUGUCCCCACAAGAAGUUUUUUCACACCCGUUUUCUUAUGCGAAUGAGGUUGACACCAGACUGUUCCAAAAUGCUGAUCUCAACGUCCUCUGGAUAUCUUCUGAUUUUGCAUGACCUUGAUCUAAACAAAACUCUAGAGGUUGGCAGCUACCCCAUUUUAAGAGCUAGGAGGACUGCAUCGAGUUCAGAUAUAACAUCUUCGAGUCUGUCCAGUCCUCGAGCUAUUGGUUCCCCGUGUCACCAGAAUGAUUCGGGUCCACUGUCUGAGAAGCAGAUGUCACGGUCCUCGCAGCGAGAAGGUGGAUCACCUAGAAAUAGUUUGGAGGUCUUAACACCAGAAGUUCCUGGAGAGAGAGACCGAGGCAAUUGCAUUACAUCCCUGCAGCUACAUCCGAAGGGGUGGGCCACCCUUCUUCGGUGCUCGAGUAACACAGAUGACCAGGAGUGGACUUGUGUCUAUGAGUUCCAGGAAGGAGCCCCCGUGCGCCCUGUCUCCCCUCGCUGCUCCCUGCGAUUGACUCAUUGCAUCGAAGAAGCCAAUGUUGGCCGGGGUUACAUCAAAGAGCUUUGCUUCAGUCCUGAUGGCCGGAUGAUUUCAUCCCCACACGGCUUUGGGAUCCGCUUGCUGGGGUUUGACGCACACUGCAGCGAACUUGUUGACUGCUUGCCCAAAGAAGCCGGUCCCUUGAAAGAAAUCCGUUCCCUGUAUUCUCACAAUGAUGUGGUACUGACAACAAAGUUCUCUCCAACCCACUGUCAGAUUGCCUCGGGGUGCCUUAGCGGACGCGUUUCUUUGUAUCAGCCAAAGUUCUAGGCGCAUUGUGCAUCGACAGGACCUUCGGAUGUUUGUGUUUUAACUACUUCAGCUUAGUUGAAGUGUGUUCUUUUGGAAAUGCCGUAAAUCCAGAUGAGAUCAUAGUGACUGUGGUCUCAGUACAUAAUAAUGACGUGAGUUCCUGGUCCAGCACUGUACGCAUUCUCAUACCGCAUCCGCGAGUCGGGCUCCCUGCGUUGUGUUUUCAGCCUUCUAGGCAGACCUCAGCUGCUUCUGACCCUGUGAAAUCGAGUCGUCGUUCUGGUUGGUUUGUACUGUAGUACUUGCUGGUAAUCUUCUUCGCCGUGACUUGAAGUGGGCUGUCUGAAAGAAACAUAGAUGGGAUGCAGGUAGGAGCUCAGCCACAACUCACCCAGGCUUCCCUGGUGCAGCACCUCUCUGUUCCAAAGGGCCUCUCCACUCGCUGAAACUGCAAUGCAGUGAUUGUGAGAUAUCAAGCAGGUUUUGGCACAAGAAGACAGGGAAAAAAUGGUUUCAUACUAAUUUGGUUAUCUGUGGUUGGCUAGAAAAAUUAGUCAGCUUUCUGUAAUGUUUUGCUGUCCUAAAAAAUCUUUUUAGACUGCUUAAUGACAUAUCUUGAAAUUAUGGUAGAAGGAAGAGGCUCCCAGGAAGCAGCAACACAAUGAGAGGUGGCGGCCCCAGGUUGCACCGGGGAAGGUGAGAUCAGGUUGGAUGUAAGGAAGACUUUCUCCUCCAGAAAAGUGGUCGUGUUGGAACAGGCAGUGGCCCAGGGAGGUGGUGGAGUCACCAUCCCUGGGGGGUGUUCAGGAGCUGUGGAGGUGUGGCAUUGGGGGACAUGGUCAGUGAGCAUGGUGGGUGUGGGUUGGGCUUGGACUUGGGGAUCAUAGUGGUCUUUUCCAGCCUUAAGGAUUGUAUGAUGCCGUGGACUGAGACAUAGCUGCACUUUUUCCUCAGAAUUGAAUUGAAAAUGCCUGGAGCAGAGUAACAGGAGCUGAAUGGGUAAACAUAUUGAGCUGCAUCCACUGCACAUGAACCUUAGAGAAUGUUUCCUUGCAGUGUGUGUGGUCAAUAGGCAACUUUCAGUCCUCAGCCAGUAGGAUUUCUCCUUUGGGAAGCUUUCCACGUCACUUACAUAAACCUUCAUCCUAUGCUGGAAAAUGAGCAGUGCAGAAUUUUCUGCUUGUGUUAAGGCCGUUAUGUCCUCUGGCUGUUCUGCACCUCAUGUUGUGGCAGGAGUCUGUCUAGGAAGUGCCUGUAGUACAACUAGAUAAGUAUUUCUUCACAAGUGUUGUCAGUUCAGGAGUGGAUUAGAAGCGUUCCCGUCUAAGAUCUACAUGGAUUUAACUGGGUUAAUCAUAAAAUCUGAAACACGAUUUGAGGGGUGAUCAUUAACACACUAAGUAUGAAUGCCAAGUUUUACUCCUUAAGUAAGUUCCCAGACCAGGUGAGGAUGGGGGGGACCUCCCUGUGAGCUGGCACAGGCUGCUCAAACACAUUCCAGGUGCCCUGCCCUCGGAGGUCCUGCGGGCAGCCUGCUCCCGUGGGAAGCAUCUCUGCCCACGGCAUGGUGCUGGAACUGGGUGAUCCUCAACGACCCUUCCACCCCAAAUCGUGCCGUGACUCUAAAUUUUCGGUGAAUUUUUAUUUAAAAACAAAACCAGACCUUCAGUAAUGGGUGUUGGAUAGCCUGAGGACUACCUCCUGCUCUGGGUUUGCAGCACCUUUAGCAGCGGGCUGCUGAGGGGCUGCCUUCACAUCGCUUAAUGGACGCUGUUGACAGAACUCCCGUCGCUCAGUAAGCGUCCUAGAAUUUCUAAUCUCCUGGAUGUUCAGCUGAAUUAUUCGGCGUUAGUGUCUGAGCAGAAUAUCGGCUCGGCUGGAGGAGGGAGAAUACCCGUAACCUGACACACAGAAGCCCGCAGUCUUCCCAGACAACAAGGCGUUAGAAGGUUUCCAGAGCUGUGGCUCCUGAGCCAUUCUGUUGUUGCUGAGACUCGUGCCUUGAACUCAGACGUGCGCGGGUGAAGGGAUAGAUGAGGACAUGCCUUAUUUUCCAAAGCAGAGCAUCAGUCUUGGUUUCAAACCGUUGUAACUUCUGAACGCUUUUGGAACCGUGUCCGAGGAACGCGGUUCACCAAAGGGACGCCCUUCGUGUGUGCAGCAGAAAUCUGACAUAACUAACUCUUCCUGUUACUUCGUGGUAAGUUUUAACUAGAACUGGAAGAGUGCAGUUGUUUGACUGCUCCUUUCCAGCAGUACUUGGAAGAUUUCAGUCAAACCUGGUGUAUUUCACCCACGAGUUGCAGAAAACGCUUGUUGAAGCGCUGUUCAGUAACUUACGACUGAAGAUGCCUUGCUGUUUCAGCUCGGAGGAAGGAGUGGUGUUCAGCUUUUGUCUUCCUAAGUAAGUCAUUGCCUUGUGAAGUAAUUUGUUGCUGAGCUUCGGAUUCUCUCUAGGUAGCCAAAAGAAGCUUACCGUGUUUAAAAAGAGAAAUCCUUAACCCUGCACCCUUAAAAUUCGAAGGGGCCCAGCUGUAUAAACCUGCCUGUCUCAAACGUAAGGAAUUGUUUCAUGUGGUGUAUUGACGUCUGCACUAAUAGCAAAGUACAGCAGUGGCUUUAAACGUGUUUACUUUCGAGCGCUCCAGUGUUACACCGCGUGAUAGAUCUUACAGUCCUAAUGAAGAUGGAGCUCCUUGGCUGUAAAGCAUGCAGAUCUGUUUUUUAAAUGCAUGGUUUCGUACUGGUGGGUUUCCAUAGCAAAGCCGUUCCCUCGCUCACAGUGCAGCUGGUCAGCAGAAGCAGAUGGACGGCGUCACCGAGGCCUGCGCGGGGCAGCGCCCGCUCACAGCAGCGCUUACGGAACCAAGCCGGGCUCUGAAGACAGCUCUCCUUUCCUAGCAGCCCAGUGCCUGUCUCUUGUAGGAGUGAAUGCGUUUUCCGCCUGUUCCACUGGAGGUUAGUCUUCGCUUCGUUGUAGCUCUGUAGCGCGUUUGUGGAGGAGGAAAGAGAAAGCAUUAACGGGACUACGUAACGACAUCCAUGUCUGUGUACUUUCCUGCGAGGUACGUGUGUGUAUUCCAGUAUAUCCGCAGCCGCUGGGCAUCGUCAGUCCAACGUGGGUAGUUCAGGGAAAAACGUGACCUCCAUCGGAAUUACUGGGGAUAAAGCACAGUGAUACUGACACACAUCUGUUUGCACUCUUUGAGACUUGGUAAGGACAAUUUGCCUACUACCAGAAUUGGAAUGUAAACAUCAGGUUUUCCUGUGUCUUUUUUUUGUUGUUGUUGUUGUUGUUGUUGUUAUUUUUAAUUUGGGCAACACUGAUGUGUAAUAGGUCCCGAGACCGUGGAAAAUGGACCUGUUGCUCCCUAGCUUGCCCUCCUGAAAGCUUUUAAGAAUUCUAGUUUACAAGAUUCUAAGACGUUGGAGUAAAAGAAGGUUGAGAACCCUAAUAUUUUUGUCCUGCAAGAGAAAGAAACUUCUAAUUUCCUGAUCUUGGUCAGUGGUGCGUUUUCUGAUGCACUAGGUAUCUUCAUUUAAGUGUAAAGUUUUUAAUACUAGAACAAAUUGUGCAUGUAAAUAUUUUGAAAUACCUGAGAUUUCGUAGUAUGAAGUGUAGCCUUUUCAUACAAUAUAAAAGUACCAGAACUGCUCUGAAUAUAUUGUACUUACAGCCGUACAGUAACUUACUAUUUGUGGAACGUUUUUCUUGCUUGCGUAAUAAAUUAAACAUUUAAUAACUCAGUGAAUUAAAAUCUAUUUUCAUGGA